AUGUCGUCCGAAGAAGGAUUCGACACGUCGACGCUACCCAAGGCAUUCCUCGAGGCCUAUCCCUAUCCAGCUUUCUGCCUUAUAUCCCCCAUUCCUCCCACUACAACCCUCGGAAGCGACGACGACCUCCUCGUUCCCCCUCAGGACCACCGGCUCCCCUUUACCCGGAUAUCCAAUGCGUCCACCUCAUCUUUUGUACCCAUAUGGGCGAACGAGAAAUGGCGGAAUCUCACACAGGGCAACCAAAUGCUGGACUGUGUGAGUAUUGAGAGCGCGAGGCGGCUGGGAGACUGGAUUUCCGGGGCGAGGGCGGCCAAGCAGGAGUCAGUGCUCGCGUCAGCGGGUCAAGGAGGACGGCGGGUGGAAAGGGUGACGGGCGCUGCGCCGCGCGACCGGGCGCUGGAGCGGCGAAUCAAGGCGGAAAUGUCAGGGCAGGCGUCAAGUCCAGAGGAUGAGCUCGACCUCGACGACGUCACGCCAACUCUAGCUCGGUCCGGCGCCAUCGCACCCGCCGGAUUUUGGGAACCGGAGGUACCGUACGAGGAGCACGCAUCGACAUCCGGGCAGUCGGCGUCAACGGGCGCGACAGGUCUCGAGGGAGUCGAUGAGCUCCAUCAAGGGCGAUUCUCGCUCACUCUGGACUUGGUCGACCCCGGCAAGGUCACGCUCGAAAUGACCAAAACGUCGCUGCCCAUCUAUCGGAUCGGCAGGUCGGGCGAGCGGACCAUGGUCGAGACGGACUCGUACAUUAUCGUCACCACCGUCCCCAAGUCGGGCUACGUCGUGAAGGAUACACAGCCGUCGCGCGUCCCGACGCCCAAUAGCUUGACGGAAUUAUCGCCGGCUACGGAGAAAGCCUCGGACGAGAUAAUGCUUGACGUCCCGCCAGCCACCAACUCCGCACCGUCCCGGCCGCCCCAGUCCCGUUUGACGGUCCUUCCCAGUCCCAAGGCGGCCCCGCGGGGGUUGACUUUACCUUCUCUGCAUGGGACAAGCGCACCCACCGCCGGUAAUCAGCUCACUCCGACGGACGAGAUCAUGGCGCUAGAUCUCGUGGAGUCGUCGGAUGGGCAGGCGUCACGACCCCUGUACUUCAGCAGCGACGGAACGGUCAGCCGGCCGAGAGGUCCGCUGCUGAAUGGAGUGGACGAAAGAGGGAAGCCGCUGGAUGUGCAUGUGCUGCUGGAGACGACGGAUUGGUCAAAGACCGGCUUGGGACCAAGGGAGAACUGGCCACAGAGCUUGAAGACAGUCGUAUCCCUCAUCAUGCAGUAUCCACACCAGUGCUGCUUGUGGUGGGGCAAGGAUCUAACCUUGAUCUACAACGCUCGGUAUGCCGAAACGAUCCACAAACAUCCCGACCUCUUUGGGAUGUCUGGGCCUAUCGCAUGGCAGGAAAUCUGGAAAUCCAUCGGUCCCCUCUCCGAGCUCGUCCUCUCCGGUACCCCAGUCUCGAAAGAGGACGACUUUCUGCUUUUCAAGCAACUCCCGCACCAAGGCAACGGGACGUUCGAGGCGUAUCACAGCUGGCUUUGGGUACCGGUCAUACAAGAGGAUGGGACUUUUGGCGGGUUAUGGAAUGCCACGAUCAAUACGACGAAGAAGGUCUUGGCGGAAAGGCGAAUGGCGUCGGUCAGAGAGAUGGGCGAGCGUACUUCAAUCGCGCGGACAAUGAAAGAGUUCGACUCGGCCGUCAUCGAGAUUUUGGCUGCCAAUGCGCGAGACAUGCCGUUUGCUGCUCUGUACCACGUCGAAGAGGCAUCCAACUCGAAACGGGUACCCAACGGCCAGAUGCAAAGCAAUACUCGGGCCGACACCUCCCACACUGUUAAGUGCCAACUCAAGCUCGCUGGAUCAAUCGGCGUACCUGAAGGUCAUCGGUCGGCACCCGCAUCCCUCCGUCUCUCCGUCAGCACCCGCGACAAGGACGCUCGUAGCAUGAGCCAUAUGGCCAACUCGCCCACCAUGUCGGCCAUCUCCUCCCUCUCCGGCCCGCAAUCCCGGCGGGGCACCGAGCCGAGCCCGUUGAUCAUGUCCUCGGCGCAAAUGGAUGACGAAAUGGUCGGCACGCCAUCUGCGACUGGCGCAGAUGUCGAGUCGUGGCCGUUCGCGGAGGCACUGCAGACCAGGCGGAUCGUGCUCGUCGAGGACUGCUCAUCGCUCAUUGCCGGAUAUCCUAUCCGGGUAUGGGACGAGCUUCCGACCGCGGCAGUGGUGAUUCCGGUAGCCAGUGAUUCAGACGAAGGAGUGCCAAGCGCAGUCAUCGUCAUCGGGCUCAGUAUCCGGCGGCCAUUUGACGAGGACUACGAGUCGUUCUUGCAUGUGCUGCGUCUACAGCUUGCCUCGGGGAUAGCGGCGGUACGGUCGUACGAAGCGGAACGGCAGCGUAUCGAUGAGCUGGCUGCGCUGGACCGAGCCAAGAGCAUGCUCUUCUCCAACGUGUCGCACGAGCUUAGAACACCGCUCACACUCGUGUCUGGCCCGCUGGAUGACCUCCUACUCGAGACAAAGGAGGGACCCAAAAAGGAGAUGCUCCUCAUGGCCCGACGCAACGUUCGUCGUCUGACUCGGCUCGUAUCAACCUUGAUGGACGUCUCGAGGCUCGAAGCUGGCCGUUUGAAGGGGUCAUUCCAGCUCGUCAAUCUUGGUGUGGUCACGCGAGAUUUAGCGGCCCUAUUCCGCGGCGCCAUCGAGCGGGGUAAACUCAGGUAUACUGUCGAAUGUGACCUUACUCCCCGGAACGUCUAUGUCGAUCCUGACCACUGGGAGAAGAUCAUGUUCAAUCUGAUCGGAAAUGCGCUCAAGUAUACUAUGACUGGAUAUGUCCUCGUCAAACUGUCGUACGGACCGACCGAGGCUUUCCUCACGGUCAAGGAUUCAGGUGUCGGCAUUCCAGCUUCGGAUAUCGACCUCAUUGGAGACCGUUUCCACCGAGUGGAAUCUAUCAGCAGAUCGCAUGAAGGAACGGGUAUUGGAAUAUCAUUGAUCAAGGAAUUGAUCAAGCUGCAUGGAGGCGUGUUGGAAAUCGAAAGUCUGACGGCUGCGGAAAGUAUCGAUGGUUCUCACGGGUCUUCCUUCCGUGUACGCAUACCACUGGGGUCGGAUCACCUGCCUCGCGACGCUAUCGAUGCCAACAGCGACAACCUGACCACUGCCCAGCUCACGUACGCUCAUGGCAUCGUCGACGAAGCGAUGCAGUGGAAUCGAGAUCGCGAGGCCGGGAGUAGCCUUGACUCGUCGUCUGAUUCCGGCAAACUCAGCGCUGCAGAGUCUUCGGCCCAGAGUAGUCGAGGCCUGGAUCCAAGUACGCUGUACUUUAAGAAGGAGGACGUGAUUAUGCUUGUUGACGACUCGUUCGAUACUCGGCGAUAUAUGAAAUCAAUCUUUGCGCCAUUCUGCGCCAUCGUCGAGGCACGAGAUGGUCAGGAAGCCCUGGAGAUGUGCAAAAAGUCCUUGCCGCAUGUCGUCAUUACGGAUGUCAUGAUGCCUAAUCUGGACGGAUUUGGCCUGCUAGCGGCGCUCAAAGAAGAUCCCAAGCUCUCGAUGGUUCCCGUCAUCAUGCUCACCGCUCGAGGUGGUGAAGAGGCCAAAGUCGACGGCCUGCUCGCUGGAGCCGAUGACUACAUUGCAAAGCCAUUCAACGCAAGGGAGCUGAUUGCUCGCGCACAUAUGCAGAUCCAGCUUGGAAAACGUCGUCGCGAGCUUGAGAAGGCUUUCGAAGAACGGACGGCUGAGCUGCGGACAGUCUCUGAAUACUCACCAGGUGGGAUCUUCAGAUGUGACGGGGACGGCGAGGUUGUCUACGCCAAUUCGGCUUGGUUUGAAAUAUCCGGCUUCUCCAGUAAUCAACCAGAUAUCGCGUCAUGGUUCACUGGGAUCAUUCCGGAACACCGCACUCGAGUCCAGGAUGUCUGGCAGCAGAUGUUCGAAACGGACUUGCCGACUCAAACGAUGGAGUGGCAAUUCGCGAAUGGCCGAUGGGUCCUCUGUCGGUUGAUUCGCCUUGACGACUUUGCUCCUGGUCUCAAGGGCAUCCUGGGAAGCGUGACGGACAUUACCGAGCGGAAAUUCAACGAGGAGAUCCAGCGUUUACGUGUCGUGGAAGCAGAACAGCGGAGAGUAGAAGCCGAAGAGGCCAAGCACCAGCAAGAGCUGUUGAUCGAUAUCACUUCGCAUGAAAUUCGCAACCCCAUCAGCUCGCUUAUGCAGUGUUCCUCGCUCGUCAAGACCAACCUAUUGUCCCUUCAAGAGCAAUUCGAGAUGUCCAUCAAGGAUGCGACCCCGUUCAAGCCGACCAAUCAGCUCAUGACGACCAUCAACGAGGAUCUCGAGGCAUUGGAGAGUAUCUAUCAGUGCGGUUUGGCGCAGGAGCGGAUCUCGAAUGAUGUGCUCUCGCUGGGCAGAAUACAGCUUGAAAUGUUCGACGUGGAGACCGACAUUCUCGGAGAAGCUCAAAAGGUCGUUUCAAUCUUCCAAAAUGAGGCCCGGAUGAAGCGGAUAUCCCUUUCGUAUAAAAUCGGAGAGUCGGUCGAAAGACUGGGUGUACACGCCAUCAAAACGGAUCCGGUCCGCAUGGGACAAGUCGUCACCAACCUCCUAUCGAACGGUAUCCGCUUCACAUCCACCUCAAGCAUCCGCAAGAUUCAGCUCCGCUACGACAUCUCCUUCGACCCGCCUGCGGACGGAUCAUGUCAAAUGCCGGGUCUGCCAGACCCGCCUGCUCCGGGACAGCUCAAGGACGACAUGACGGCGUACUUGUACGUGGCGGUGACGGACACAGGACCCGGCUUGACACCCAAAGAGCUGGACAUGCUCUUCCAGCGGUUCUCGCAGGUUUCGCCAAAAACACAUACCAUCUUCGGUGGCUCUGGUUUAGGCUUGUUUGUCUGUCGAAAAAUCACCGAGAUCAUGGGAGGCCGCAUCGAGGUCGUUUCGACACACGGCAAAGGCUCGACCUUCCGGUUCUUCAUUCGCGUUCGGACUUGUCAGACUGCUACCAAGCGUCCCGCGCCAUCUUCAGGCUCUUCCGAAUCAGGCGGUGGACGGCGUGAAGGCAUGAAGCGCCCAGCCCUAAAGAAGCGGCACACAGGUCCGAGAAUCGGUGGCGGAAUAGGGCCCAAGCCGCACGUCUUGAUCGUGGAGGACAACUUGAUCAAUCAGACUGUGUUGGCUAGGCAGCUGAAGCAUGUGGGACUGACAUGCGAGGUGGCCAACAAUGGUCUAGAGGCGCUAGAAAAGAUUCGUAAGGUCUCCUCCCUUGUCCAGUCACGAGUCGGUCAGCCGUUCGAUUGCGUCCUGAUGGACUUGGAAAUGCCUGUGAUGGAUGGGUUGACAUCGCUGAGGCAUAUUCGAGAAGAAGAAGCGGCUGGGACUUUGGCCCUGAAUCUGGUGAUCGCGCUGACUGGCAAUGCACGGCAAGGACAGAUAGAUGAAGCAAAAGCAGCAGGGAUGGACGAGGUGGUCAUCAAGCCAUAUCGACUCGACGACCUGUUGCAAAAGAUUGAGGAUAUGAUGAAGCUUCGAGCGGCAAAUCCGUCGACUGUUUCAGCCCCUGCUCAGCCCGCAACGGCCGACGUGAUGGCCGUUGAUGUAUCGGCGUAG